UUCACUUUCACUAUCCCUUUUUCUCUCUAUACCUCUACGGUCUACAAACAACACAGACACAUUUGUACUAGAAAAAGAAAAACAACCCACCUGUCCCUCUCCUUUCUCCUUCUCCCUCUCCUUGGCUACUAUUUCUGUUGCAGUAUCAAUUUCUUGUCCUAAAAUUCUCCAUUUUCUCAGAAAAUGAGAACGGUUUCUUUUUGCAAAUAAGACUCUUCUUUAACUCUCUUCUUUUAACCUUUUCUCUAUUAUCUCCCGCUUUCUUCUCUAUGGAACCUCCUCAUUCUCCUUCUCCUUCUCCUUCUCCUGCUACUCCUGCUUCGGCUGAGGAUUGUUGUGUCAAAGUUGCCGUUCAUGUCAGGCCGCUCAUCGGUGAUGAACGGGCUCAAGGUUGUAAGGAUUGUGUCACUGUUAUCUCGGGAAAGCCUCAGGUACAGAUAGGCACACAUUCAUUUACCUUUGAUCAUGUCUAUGGGAGCACUGGUUCUCCCGCAUCUGCUAUAUUUGAAGAAUGUAUUGCUCCACUCGUUGAUGGCUUAUUCCAAGGAUAUAAUGCAACAGUUCUUGCUUAUGGUCAGACUGGAUCUGGAAAGACAUAUACAAUGGGCACUGGCUUCAAAGAUGGUUGCCAAACAGGAAUAAUUCCUCAAGUCAUGAACAUUUUGUUUAGCAAGAUUGAAACUUUAAAACAUCAGACUGAAUUCCAGCUGCAUGUUUCUUUUAUAGAGAUUCUGAAAGAAGAAGUACAUGAUUUGCUGGAUCCCUCUUCUUUGAACAAGUCAGAUACUGCAAAUGGGCAUACGGGAAAAGUAAACAUCCCAGGGAAACCACCAAUACAAAUUCGUGAAACGUCAAAUGGUGUUAUAACACUAGCUGGAUCUACUGAAGUUAGUGUUAGUACGCUUAAGGAAAUGGCUGCUUGCCUAGAACAAGGAUCAUUGAGCAGGGCAACAGGGAGUACAAACAUGAACAAUCAAUCAAGUCGUUCACAUGCAAUCUUCACCAUCACACUAGAGCAAAUGCGUAAACUCAAUCCUUUGUUCCCCAGUGAUAGCAAUACCAAUGAGAGUAUGAAUGAAGAGUAUCUGUGUGCCAAGCUGCAUUUAGUAGAUCUUGCUGGAUCAGAGCGAGCUAAAAGAACAGGUUCUGAUGGUUUGCGUUUUAAAGAAGGAGUUCACAUCAACAGGGGCCUUCUUGCACUUGGUAAUGUCAUCAGUGCAUUAGGUGAUGAAAAAAAGCGCAAAGAAGGAGUUCAUGUUCCGUAUCGGGACAGUAAAUUGACUCGGCUUUUGCAAGUAUGUCACACUCAAGACUCACUUGGUGGUAACAGUAAAACUGUUAUGAUAGCUUGCAUUAGUCCUGCUGAUAUUAAUGCCGAGGAAACACUUAACACUCUAAAGUACGCAAAUCGUGCUCGCAAUAUCCAAAACAAGCCUGUUGUAAAUAGAGAUCCCACGUCAAGUGAGAUGCUAAGGAUGCGCCAACAACUAGAGUAUUUGCAGGCUGAACUUUGUGCCCGAGGAGGAGGUUCUUCAUCAAAUGAAGUUCAGGUUCUCAAGGAAAGAAUUGCUUGGCUUGAAGCUGCAAACGAGGAUCUUUGCCGAGAACUUCAUGAAUACCGCAGCAGAUGCACUGCAGUAGACCAACGCGAAACAGAUGCUCAAGAUGGUAGCACCUGUUAUGUAAAAAGCGAUGGGCUUAAAAGGAGUCUGCAUAGUAUAGAGUCAACAGAUUAUCAAAUGGGAGAAACCUUGCCUGCAGGUGAUUCUAGGGAAAUUGAUGAAGAGGUAGCAAAAGAGUGGGAGCACACACUUCUGCAGAAUACAAUGGACAAGGAGUUGCAUGAAUUGAAUAGGCGUUUAGAGGAGAAAGAGUCAGAGAUGAAACUUUUUGGAGGGGUUGAUACUGCAGUACUCAAGCAACACUUCGGAAAAAAAAUUAUGGAAUUGGAGGACGAAAAGAAAGCUGUGCAGCAAGAGAGGGAUCGUUUGUUGGCUGAAAUUGAAAAUCUCUCAGCUAGUUCUGAUGGCCAGACACAAAAAUUGCAAGAUAUCCAUGCCCAGAAAUUGAAAGCACUUGAGGCACAGAUUCUGGAUCUUAAGAAAAAGCAAGAGAACCAGGUUCAGCUUUUAAAGCAAAAACAGAAGAGUGAUGAAGCAGCAAAGAGAUUACAGGAUGAAAUUCAAUCCAUAAAGGCACAAAAGGUUCAGUUGCAACAUAGGAUCAAACAAGAGGCAGAACAAUUUCGACAAUGGAAAGCCUCUCGGGAAAAGGAACUGCUGCAGUUGCGAAAGGAAGGGAGAAGAAAUGAAUAUGAAAGGCAUAAGCUACAAGCUUUAAACCAGCGCCAAAAAAUGGUUCUUCAGAGAAAGACAGAAGAGGCUGCAAUGGCCACCAAGCGGCUGAAGGAGCUGCUUGAAGCUCGUAAAUCUUCUGCCCGUGACAACUCAGGUAUUGCCAAUGGAAAUGGAACAAAUGGACAGAGCAAUGAGAAAUCCUUGCAACGUUGGCUUGAUCAUGAGCUAGAAGUCAUGGUGAAUGUGCAUGAAGUUCGUUUUGAAUACGAGAAACAAAGCCAAGUACGAGCUGUACUUGCUGAGGAGCUAGCUGUGUUGAGGCAAGUAGAUGAGUUUGCCUCAAAGGGGCUAAGUCCUCCCAGAGGAAAGAAUGGGUUUGCUAGGGCUUCUUCCAUGUCUCCAAAUGCAAGAAUGGCCAGAAUAUCUUCACUUGAGAACAUGUUAAGCAUGUCUUCUAAUUCACUUGUUGCAAUGGCUUCACAACUUUCAGAGGCAGAAGAGCGGGAACGUGCAUUCACUAACCGCGGACGUUGGAAUCAGCUGCGUUCAAUGGGAGAUGCAAAGAACUUGCUUCAGUACAUGUUCAAUUCCCUAGCAGAUGCAAGGUGUCAGGUAUGGGAAAAGGAAAUGGAAAUCAGUCAGGUAUGGGAAAAGGAAAUGGAAAUCAAGGAAAUGAAGGAACAAUUUAAAGAACUUGUAGGGCUCUUGCGACAAAGUGAGGUGCAAAGAAAAGAAGUGGAGAAAGAGUUAAAAUUGAGAGAGCAAGCUAUUUCAAUUGCUUUGGCUACAUCAGCUUCGGCUUGCAAUGAACAGGGGAAUUCCUACAAUUCACUGAAACAUUUUGCUGAUGACAUGAGUGGUCCUUUGUCUCCAAUGUCUGUACCAGCACAGAAACAGCUAAAAUAUACGCCAGGUAUUGCUAAUGGUUCAGUCAGACAGACAGCAGCAUUCAUAGAUCAGACAAGAAAGAUGGUGCCACUUGGGCAGUUGUCAAUGAGAAAAUUAGCAGUUGCAGGACAAGGUGGGAAGCUGUGGAGAUGGAAAAGAAGUCAUCACCAGUGGCUUUUGCAAUUCAAAUGGAAGUGGCAGAAGCCAUGGAGACUGUCAGAAUGGAUUAGGCACAGUGAUGAAACAAUCAUAAGAGCAAAGCAUCGUCCACAUGCUUUGCCACAUGUGGCCUAAUGUUUUGUGCUCGCCAGAUUAUUCUUGCCCAAUACUCAUCUUUGACCUAUAAGUAUGAUUGCAACCCAUACCACAGAUCGCACCUACAACAAAUGGAGUGCUGGAAGUGGCUGUUGUGGAGCUCUGCUUAUAGCUGUCCUGGAUGAGCUGAUUUUGAAAAGUUAAGGUUUGAUCUUGGAAUUUUUUUUGCUGUGAUCUGUGCAUUCGGAGCAUCUUGUAAAGCAGUAUUGAUGCUGCCAAUGAUUCACCGGAGUAUUUACAAGAAGAUAUUGGAAGGGAAUGGUGUUAGUAGUGAUACAAUGGUAAACAAAUAUAUUGCUCUAGGUUUAUAACGUUUUGGUAUAUAAUAUAUGGUCUGUCAAUAACAACACUUUGGGGUAAGAAAACCAUCCCAGGAAAUAUAGGAAUGUAUAACAGGGGUCCAGUAUUUUUCUUUAUCCCUUUACUUUUUGUUCUUUUCCCCGAUUGUAAUUUUUUUGGCUAAUUUUUUCCGAUGUUUAUUAUGUGUAAGUACAAUAUUGAUUCUGUUGAAAGGAUUGAACACUUAGAAUC